UCGACGAUUUUUAGCAAUAACUCGGCUCCAGCGCCACUAAAAAUUAUCACUAAAAUCGUUUCGGUCAUUUAGAAGUUAAGUCACCAGAAUAAGGGCCGGUUUCUCCAUGUCCGAUUAAUUGCUUAAUUAUUACUUAUUCGGAAGGUAGCAUAAAAAGCGUUUUCUCAAAGUCCGAUUAGGGCUCACCUGUCAGAUAAGUUGUGGUUAUUUUACCGCGAACAUUGGCUAUCGAUUAGCCGCUAAUCGAAAGAAAAAUUGACAGGUGAAUAUAGUACAAUAGUGCAUAAAAUUGUAUUUCACUACCAAUUAGAUAAUAAUAAAGAGUUAUAGUGUGUAUAAAAAAUGGAAAAUUUGGAACGCGCAGCCCAUCUAUCUGGUUUGAUUCAGAGACGGAUUAAUAAAGAACGAAAAUACCGCACCAAAACAAAUUUUUUUGAAGAGUAUGACGACGACACUUUCAUUUGCAGAUUUCGUAUCUCAAAAACAAGUGCUAAAUACAUUUUGAAGAAGAUAGAAACAAAAAUUCGGAGCCCCACUGAAAGAAAUCGAGCAAUCAGUGCAGCGGAAAUAUUGCUUCUAGCAUUGCGCUUCUACGCUUCAGGAAGCUUUUUGAUUUGUGUUGCUGAUUUCUGCGGAGUAAGCGUACCCAGUGCAAGUCGAGCAGUUAGCAAAGUUUCCAAAGCUAUCGCGGGACUUGCUCCAACAUUUAUUAAAAUGCCAAAAACAAGCACGGAAAGCGAAAGCGCGAAUCGUGCAUUUCAUCAAAUAGCGAAGUUUCCAAAGGUAGUGGGAUGUAUCGACUGCACUCAUAUCAGAAUCCAGUCCCCCGGUGGAGAAAAUGCCGAAAUUUUUCGAAACCGUAAAGGAUACUUUUCCAUCAAUGUGCAAGCUGUCUGUAAUGCAAAUUUGGAACUAACAGACCUUGUAUUCAGGUGGCCUGGUUCCGCACAUGACAGCAAUAUUUUCAGCAACAGUCGUCUGAAGCACCGAUUUGAACAAAAUGAGUUUAAAAAAUGUUUUUUAUUGGGCGACAGUGGUUAUGGAGUCAGCAACUACAUGAUGACUCCACUUUUACAUCCCAAUACUCCCGCUGAGAAACUUUACAACGAAUAUCAAUACUCGGAAUUGUAUUGAGAGGUGCUUUGGAGUAUGGAAG